AUGGCCGCGAAAGGCCCCAUGGGCAGAGCCAGACCUGCGAGACACUCGGAAAGCGUUCGCUCUCUAAAGAAAACAGCCAUCCAUGUAAUGUCACCGCUGGCAUCGCCGCCGAUGGUGGCAUCGCCCAUUGACGAUACGAGAACCGAGGACUUUUCUGCUUCGAUGGAGUAUCUCAUCACCAUGCCACGACGUAUCGAUGAACCGCUUGUAUCCUUCCUGUUACGAUCGAUAUUCAAGUUCCCCCUGAUAUUUAGCUCGGUGCAAAGCGCGGUGACUUCGUUGAGUCGAAAUCCGGAGAUGGAAGGCUUCAUGGAGACGUACGGUGAAGACGACGGGCAAGCCCUGAUCUUCGUCGGAUUCCUGUACGCUAUGGGGCAAGAUAUACAGAUACAGCAUGCCCUUGAGGCUCCCGACAGACUGCCUCACGAUCUGACAUUUUGCGAAACAAUUGGGGUAUUACACCUCGCCGAGCUUUUCGACCUCGACAGCCUGCGGAACGCUUCGCGGUUAAAGCUGCGAGAGCUGCUUCGCAAGCCUAUAUCCCCAUCCGACUUCGGAUGGGCGUUUGGUACGGGAUCAAGAAUUACGGGGCCACUCACGCUUGAGCCCGAAGUGCCCAUGAAGAUCGCAAUGGUUGACCAUUUCACUCACCUCUGGGAUAAGGCUACAGCGCCUCACGGCGAGAGGCAGUAUCUGAAUCUUGGGAAAGAGAACAUUGAAUUCUACCUGUUGGUCAAGAGCUUCUGUCUAGGCAAUGUCAACGAGGAGGGAAUCAAUGACAUGUAA